UAGCCUUCCUUCCCUGUACAAGAAGCCGCUUACAGGCCAGGAUGAAGCCUACCCAGCUCUGCUUCCUCCUCUGCUGCUGGGGUGCCAUCUGCUGCAACGGCUGCAUGCUGACCAACAUCACCAUCGCGGUGGAGAGAGAGGACUGCAGGUUUUGCAUCGCGGUCAACACCACGUGGUGCGCGGGCUACUGCUACACCAGGGACCUGGUGUACAAGGCCCCCAUGAGGCCCAACCUCCAGAAAACAUGCACCUUCAAGGAGCUGGUGUAUGAGACUGUGAGAGUGCCUGGCUGCGCCCACUACGCAGACUCCCUGUACACAUAUCCUGUGGCCACUGAGUGUCACUGUGGCAAGUGUGACAGCGACAGCACUGAUUGCACUGUGAAAGGCCUGGGACCCAACUACUGCUCUUUCAGUGAGAUGAAGGAGUAAGAGACGAUGGAGGAGUCACAAUCCCCCGGGACCCAGAUACCGAGAGGUCUGUGUGUGAACACCAGGCCCAGGAACUAACCUCACAUGAGGAGUCGUCAGACUGCAGUGAUCUCUGCUGUGGGGAGGGGGCUGCAGGACUGAGGGCGCUGGGGUGGGCCCACCUCCCACCACCCCUGUGUUCCUCACUCUUGGUUCACAAGGUUUAUUCAGUCUGACCUUACAGAUCUAUUGUUUCUUUCCUCUUCAACAGUCUUAUGCAUCCUCUCAGGAAACCUUUCCUUUUAGACAGAGGGCCACAUAAGUCCAGUAAAGAGGGGAUAAUGAUGGGACACAGGGAAAGAAACAGAAGUAGUACAG